AUGUUUCCGCGAUCCAGCCAAUACCGCAAAACCACGCACUACAACACGACCCACCGCCGACGGCAGAACUUAUAUGCCCUCCCAUCGACACAAUGGCAAAUGCUAGCUGCACCGCCAAUCUCGCUUCUGGACACCCUGAGCGCCGUCGACGACGCGAUCGACUGCAAUGCCGACCUAGCAGAUGCGAUUUACGAAGUUGGUCUUGCAUCGUUCGGACUAUCAGACGACGAAGAAACUCCAUCUUCAACACCAACCAAACAACACAAUCCAGGCUGGAACUGGCACGGAAAAGCCAAACCGAACGACAUUUCCAAAGCCCAAUCGACCAUCCGGCAAUUCUACCGAGACUGGACCGCUCAAGGGUUCGCGCUCGAAGUGCAGCCAUUGCUGAACACAAUUCUGGCAGAUUUGGAAAUGUAUCUUCCUAUCAGACCGAAACCCAGACCUGAUGUUGACACCACCGCCACGGAGUCCCAUGACCACAAUCGCAAUCACAAUAGCAACUCCGACGACUUUUCUUCUCCAUCUCUCCUCCUCCCUGGCGCCGGACUAGGCCGCAUUCUAUUCGAAUUAUGUCUACACGGCUACUCGGCCACGGGCAACGAAAUCUCAUACCAUCAAUUGCUCGCCAGCAAUUUCAUUCUCAACUGUACUCGCCACGCCGACCAGUUUGCGAUAUACCCGUUUGCGCACAGUUUUACAAAUGUUGUGAGUCGGGAUCAUCAGUUGAAGCGGUUUACUGUUCCGGACGUGCAUCCUGCCACUGCGAUGGCGGAGCGAGCCCGAGCGCAAAGCGCGAGGGCUGAGCACAGUGCGAGGGACGAGCAAUCCCCAACCAAAUCCCAAACAGUCAUUGGCGAGCGUCAGCAAUCCCUAUCCCAAUCCCAAUCCCAAACCGACACUGAAGUCCCAAUACCAGUAGGUGAAAUGAACAUGACAGCCGGCGACUUUGUCCUCUCCUACUCCGGUCCCGACACCGCCAACACAUUCGACGGCGUCGUCAGCGUCUUCUUCAUCGACACUGCCCCGAAUCUAAUUCGAUAUAUUGAGACCGUGAAAAACUUCUUGAAACAGGGCGGGUAUUGGAUCAAUAUAGGGCCACUAUUGUGGCAUUUUGACGAUCGAGGACCAGCAACAUCACAAUCGAAAUCGACGUCUUCGAUUUCGGGACGAAAAGGUGCCGGCGAUGCCACCACCAGCAAUGACAGUGAUGACGACGACGACGACGACGACGACGGGGAGGAAAUCCCAACCCCUAGCGACGGCAAAGACAGUAAAGAUUACCAAGAUAAAGGUAUCGCCGAGCCAGGGUCGUUCGAACUCUCCGUCGACGAAGUGUUGCAUCUUGUGUCGACGUUGGGCUUUGAGAUGCAAAGGCAUGAAAUCAUCACCACUUCGACCACCUCCACUUCCACUUCUACUUCCAGUCCCGCUUACGGCCACAGUCACGGUUCCGGUCUAGGAUACAUGCAAGACCCCGAAAGUCUGCUCCAGAACCGCUACCGCUGUAGCCACUGGGUAGCCAGGAAGUUGUGA